AUGGUCAAAAGCUUACCCGCAUUUGCAUUAACGAUCUUAUUACCAUUGUCCACUUACGCCAAGAACGACUGGUCAAUACCAUGCUUCGAUGGGACGUGCUCUUAUGACUCCCCAGCGGGACUUGGAUCCGUCACAAUCUGGGGUACUCCUAGCGCUAUCGCCGAUAUCACUAAAACUGCGGGAUGGACAAUUCUUAACUGUGAUGAAAACGCUCUGGUACAAGACAUCCGACUUGUCUGCACGGGAACUGCAGAGGAAUGCAACAACUUGUAUGCAAACACCGGUGCUACUGGAAAACUCGUUCGUCUACCCGAGAAUUGCGGGGGUAACGCGUUUGCUCGAAUCUCUCGCACCUGGGUACAUGAAGACCAGUCCCUUCCCGUAGAGUUGGCCAGGGCACUCCGUAAGAGGGAUGGCCCAACGCCAUCUGUUCAAGGAUUGGCACUCGAUACAGAUUUCGGUGCCAUUGACCCAGCGCAAAACGGGAACGUCAGCUUGGCAAUUGAAGGAGCAACUGUGCCAGGUGCAGCUGGCGAUUUUAAUGUCACAGCUACCAACUUUGAUAAAAGAGGUCUUUUUGAUUUUGUCAAGAACGCUUUUGAAAAAUUCGACUCGUUUGACAAGAAUCUGAUAAAAGAACUCCCGCCAAUUGACGUCGAUAAGUCUUUCAACCUCUUAAACGAACAAUUGCCUUGUCCGGCCAAUGGAGCUUCACCUGCGUUUGAAGCCUCAAUCAAGGCUGAUACCAUCACCAAAGCACACGCCGUGGUUACAGUCGGGAUGGCGGCUUCCGGGACUAUCGUUCCUCCCAAGUUCAGUGAAUUUGGUGUCUUCGCAGGUCUCAACGCAGAUCUACAAGGUACCCUGAGCCUCGAGGGGUCUGCUUCUGUAAGUCGUUCGAUCGCGCGUAACUUCGAGCUACACUCCCGUUUUAAGCUAUUCUACAACGCACAGGGCACUGUGGACUCGGGAAGGAUCCCUCUCUUUGAAGUCGGCAUACCUGGUCUCGAUUUCCCUGGCAUCCUCACUUUAGGUCCGUCCUUCCAGAUUCAAGCGCAAGCAAAAGCUACUCUGGACAUUGACGCCAAGAUCGACGUGACUUUGGCCUAUCACGUUGAGGAUGCUAAGCUAUUCUUCCCUCCCCUCGAUGGAAACUCUGGAGGUCAAUUCCAACCUGCUGACAGCCCCCUCAAAUUGUCUGUCAGCCCUUCUUUGGCCUCCAAAGCUAUUGUUGAAGGGCAUCUGAUACCUACAUUACAGUUGGGCAUCACAGCUUUGGGAGGGACGGCCAAAGCUAACGUCUUUCUUGAUCUCGACGCUAACGCAGCAGCCACGCUGAGUCUUGAUGCUGUAGCCGCCGCUUCCACAGACGGAACACAAUCUACCAGUGUGAACGGGUGCAUCGACGUUGCAUCGGGCUUUGAUGUGAACGCCGGUGCAGAUGCUUCGUUUUUUGACCUCUUUGAUAGCAACACCAAGGUCAACCUCUUCACAAAGAAGUUCCAGUUGUUCAAGAAAUGUUUGCCUGGGAGCGAAACAAAAGCGAGUCUUACGCGUCGUGUGCAACGACGCAUGUCCCGUCGAUCAGCGUUCUUGGCGAAAUUGGAUAAGCGCGCUAGUCUUACUUGUCCCGGAGUGUCCUUCGAAAAUAUUGUGUCUGUCGUGGAUGAGGCUUUACCAGCGACCCAGAUCGAAGCCUUAUAG